AUGGCUCGCUGGAGUCCUCGCCUGCGUCGCGACACUCACAUCUGCUUCGACGGCUGGCUCGAUGCACCGAAGACGACCGAGAAUACCAGCCUGCACUGGGGGCUCCCUGUUGGGGUCUACCACAGCGAGCACCACCACCACUGCUGCCACCACCGGAUUCUGAGCCGCAGUGUCUACUUCAGCAUCGACGACUUCGGCAAGAAGGGCUUCGACUACCGCAAGCUGGUGCCAGCGGCCAACACCAGCGCGGCAGAGAUGGAGGAGGGCGAGGGCGCGCUCGCCGCGGAGAGCUCCGAGAAGCGCAACCCCAACGACUUCGCCCUGUGGAAGGCCUCGAAGCCUGGGGAGCCCGCCUGGGAGAGCAGGUGGGGCGGCGGCCGGCCCGGCUGGCACAUCGAGUGCUCCGUGAUGGCGACGGACAUCCAGGGCGAGUUCUUGGACAUCCACGCCGGGGGCGAGGACCUCAAGUUCCCGCACCACGACAACGAGAUGGCCCAGUCCGAGGCCUAUCUGGACCGCGCGCAGUGGGUCAAUUAUUUCUGGCACGCUGGUCACCUGCACAUCGAGGGCCUGAAGAUGUCGAAGUCCCUUAAGAACUUCAUCACCAUCCGCCAGGCGAUGGAGAUGCACUCGGCCAGGCAGCUGCGGAUGAUGUUCCUGAUGCAGCCGUGGGACAAGGGCAUGAACUACUCGGACCAGGCCAUCGACAUGGCCCGCGAGGUGGAGCGCAAGGUCAAGCACUUCAUGGGGCGCCUCAGGUUCCACCAGCGGCGCGGGCACGGGAAGGUCGCUGAGGGGGGCGCGCCGAGCUCCCUGGACGCGUCCACCAAGGCCGCCAAGGAGACCAUCGACUCGGCCCUGGCCGACAACUUUAACACGGGCAAGGUCGUGGACACCCUGUCGCGCCUCGUCUCCGAGUGCUACACCGCCCUGGACGCCCUCCCCGAGGCCUCGCUGGAGCCCGUCGCGCGCGCAGGGCCGCUGCUCGGCGCCGGGGCCUGGGAGCGCUGGCAGCGGGGCGGCCAGCUUCUCCCCGCCAUGUGGCAGGGCUGGCGGGCCCUUCUCGCCUGCGCGUGCGCCUGCGCUUCCGCCGCUGGCUUGCCCGGUGUCGCCCCGGCGCCCCGCUGCAGCGCCGCCACGGACGGCUCCCUGACAGUCAGCUGGGCCGACAGCGCGGAGUUCGGGCUCUACUACGUGCAGCUGGGCCGCGGCGGGGGCCGCGGCGCCGACAAGCCCUUUGCCCUCGAGACGGCGCGCACCAGCCCCGUGGUGUUCUCCGGGCUGGCGCCCGCCACCAGCUACCAGGUGGCUCUGCGGGCGCUGCCCGUCAGGGCUCCGUCCGGGUCGUGGGGCCCCGCCUGGCUGCGCUCCGCGGCCGCGGUGCAGUGCAACACCACCGCCAGGAGCGCCGCGCGCCCGCGGGCGCCCGAGGGCGCCGGCGGCGUGGCCGGCACGCGCUUCAUGCGGGUCUACCGGCUCUCCGAGUACUCCUUCGACGUGGACUUCCUGGAGAAUCACAACGGCGCGUCCGCGGACGCGAUGCCGCUGUACCUGAUGACCUGCGACCCCACGGGCGACUGCAACCCCUGGGAUGCCAGGGAGCAGUCGCCGAGGUGGGACGCGUGCCACAGCGCCAUCCAGGCCCUGUGCCCUGCCUCUCGUGGCGCAGCGUUCAACUGCAUGAUGUGCGCCGAAGGCCACCGGGAUGAGCUGACCGCCGCAUGCGGGAACUGGACCUCCGCCGACUCCAUGGAGGGCGCGGGCUCUUUUGCGAUCCACUGGUGGUGCGGCGUGGGGUGGCCCGAGACGGCAACAAAGCAGGGGCCCGUCACUGAGUACUGCGUGGAGUACCAGCCGCUGGAGGGGCCGACACGCAUGGGCGACGGCUUCUCCGACUACCUGUCGUGCAACUCGGACGAGGUGGACGGCACGCUGGGCAACGACCCCCGGGACCCGAGCUGCAUAUGCAUCGUCUGGGACGACCGCCUGCUCGCCCACCAGACCAACGCCAGCUGGCUCGGGCAGGACUGCGGCGUCGGCACAUGGGCUGGCUCGGCGAGACGGUGUGCAACUGCACCGGCCAGGUGCCGAGGUCCCCGCUGCCCGCGGGCGGCAGCCCGUCCCGGAGCCACGUGGGGCGCGCCCCCGUGUGGCUGCCCUACGUCGGGGUGGAGAUGGCGCCCUGGGUCCCCGGGGCAGUGCAGUUCCCCUCUGGCUACAACUACCACUUCCCGCGGGAGGGCGCAUGCGGAGAGGGCGAGAGCGUCGGGACCAACGGGUGCACGUGGCGGCGCCUGCCGCGGGCGCGCAUGGUCUACGGGGACGACCUGA